ACUCUCCCUCUCUUCCCUCUCUCACGCAUCCGUGUGGCACAACCCCACACCCGUCGUCGAGAUGAAGAUUUCGUUGCUUGGUUGCGGCGCAUUGCUCGCGCCGUCGGUCGCCGAUGCGGCCGGUCUGGGGUCGCGAGUGAUGGCAACGUCCCUCGUGUCAUGCGCUGCUGCGGGCGUCGGAGGGACCUCUCCUGGCCAUCACCGCGCGCUCGAAGUGACCGAGGACACCCCCCCCACGUUGCCAUCCGCCACGCCGCCCCCCAGCUUCACCAGCAGCUUCCACUGGCGCGACGAGGACGACUCGGACUCCUAUUCCUUCUCGUACUCGUUUGAUGGAGGAGGAGGCGGCGGCGGUGGCGGUGGCGGUGGCGGUGGCGGCGGCGGUGGCGGUGGCGGCGGCGGCGGCGGCGGCGGCGGUGGCGGUGGUGGUGGCGGCGGCGAUGGCGGCGGCGGCGAUGGCGGAGGGAGCAGGGGGGGUGGUGGCACCGGCGACGACGCUGGCGACACCGCUGUUCUUUCCAACACCGAGAGCUCGCUCGUGGAGGACGACGGGAGGGGCGUCAGCACGGUCCUGUUGGUUGUCCUGGCCUUGUUCGCCGCUGGGGCCGCGUGGCUGCUGUACCGCACUUGGGCCAAGAGGCGCACGGCCUGGCGCCGGUUGGGCGACGAGGCGCUGCUGCCGUAACUCGAGGGGAUGAUGACUAGGCCCAUGGCUUUCAUUGAAUACUCGAAGGAGGAUCAUGUUUGCUGGUUGUUCUCCAGCGAUCUAUUGCACAAGAGUGGUGACGGGCGUCAAGAACUCCGGGUAGCUAGCUCUAUUUGAUUCAUACAGCAGUCGUAUGUGGAGGGGGCUAAACAGACAGAGGCGCGCGUGUUUCCGCCGUGCUGUUUUCUACCCUCUAAAUUGUCUCUUUUUUGCGUAUGUACGAUUGGUGAGUGGCUUCUUAUUUGUGUUUUCUAUCUCUCGAGUGGUGUAUUCUAACUAAAUUUUGUCGGAAGGCAGCCAGCCGUACAUGCCAUUGUCAAUGUUGGCUUGUCUACGGCCACCGCUGUGUCGGCGGGAGAAAAUUUGUUCUGAAAUAGCGAGAUGAGCCGACGGCAUUCUUCGGCGGGACCUCGUCAGGCUUAAUUACGGCAUACGUUUGUGUUUUUUUUGUUUUUGUUCGAAGUGUUGACCCUAGCACACCACCACUUGAUAAUCAAUCCCUUGCGUUACAUCUGUGCCUCGUGAGGUGUUCGGGGAGAGAUUUAUUUUGUCUCCGUGUUGACAGCGGAUGAAGGUUGCUCAGCUCGCUCUCUGUCCUCAUGAAAAGUUGUGGGUGUAGUUGCAACGGGUGGUAGGUAGUGUGAGCCGCGUAUGCCCUGGGGCUGAUAAGCGGAGGAACGGCUAUUUUGGUUAGCCACGGGUGUUUUGGUAGAAUUUCCGUCUGUCGGGACUUUUUUCUCAGGGACUCGACAGUUUGAUAACCGCGUUGUGGAUCAUCGGCGGCGUGUUUUCG